AAACACUUCCUGGUUCUCCCCGCCACAGCGUGCAAGUGUGUUUGACUUUGGCUUGCGGGUUGAAUGACGUAAAGAGCCUGUGUGACAUAGUUCGAUAGUUCAAAACAAGAAAAUGCUGCUUUUAUCUCAUCGUGUGAAGUUGUGUUCGCUGGCGUUCACCGCUGCUCGCAUGUAUAGCAGCGGCCCGGCUGUUGCUAACAACAACCCGACGGUUUUCUUCGACAUUUCGGCAGAUAACGAACCACUCGGCAGGGUAACCUUUGAGCUUAACGCGGAAGUUGUGCCAAAAACUGCAGAAAACUUCCGGGCUCUGUGCACCGGGGAGCAAGGAUUUGGAUUCAAGGGAUCCAUUUUCCACAGAGUUAUUCCUCAGUUUAUGUGCCAGGGUGGCGAUUUCACAAACCACAAUGGAACAGGCGGGAAGUCCAUUUACGGAUGGAAGUUUCCGGAUGAAAACUUCAAGUUGAAGCACACUGGACCGGGUAUCCUUUCCAUGGCUAAUGCCGGACCCAACACUAAUGGAUCCCAGUUCUUCAUCUGCACCGCUAAGACAGAAUGGCUGGACGGCAAACACGUGGUCUUCGGCAGCGUCAAAAACGGAAUGGACGUGGUGAAAAAAGUGGAGUCUUUCGGCUCGCGCUCGGGACGCACCUCCAAGAAGAUCACCAUCACCGACUGCGGCGAGCUCAAGUAGAAAAAUUCCCGUCCCCCCAAACCCCCUCCCACACACCCCCACCACCUCCUGUCUAGUCUGCUGUUAUUCAUUACGUCAGGAAACAACUGAGGGGCUACGCACACGGAAAUGUUUUCGGGUUAAAACGGGAACGUAUUUCAUCGUUUAAGCCACUCGUCCACAUGGAAACGGCGUUGUUGGUACCCUGAAAAAGCGAAUUAUUUUAAGCGUUCCCGUGUGGACAGAGCCUGAAUACACUUGAAUGUCGUGAUGAGAAAUGUGAGCCAUUGUCUUCAUUGAAAAAAAAAAGAGGCAUUUAUUUGUAAAUUUCACUUAAUAUACAUGAGCCAUUGUCUUCAUUAAAAAAAAGAGGCAUUUAUUUGUAAACA